UGUGUGGGCGGUGUGUGUGCGCUGGCCAACGUGCUGGGUCGUGAGGUGUGUGAGCUGGAGCAGCUGUGUGUGUCGGGACGUUGGGAAGAAGCCAGAGCUCUGCAGCAGCGCCUCAUAGAGCCCAACACUGCUGUAAGUCAAGCUACAUAACCUCAUGUAACCCUACAUAAGAGUUGGCAUAGUGACUUCAUGACCACUACAAUAGCCCUAAGUAGCAUAAGAGUGACAUAGAGAAGGCAAAGACAUAGAGCUCAACACUACUGUGAGGGAAGCUUCAUAAACCCUACAUAGCUCUAUGUAACAGUGACAGAGCCAAACACUGCCGUAAAUCAAGCUGCAUAGCGCUACAUAAUCCUACAUAAAAGUGACAUAACCCUACAUAUCAGUGACAUAACCCUACAUACCCCUACAUAGGUGUGACAUAGAGACCAGCACAGCUUUGAGUGAACCUACAUAGCCCUAAAUAACCCUGCAUAAUGUUGUCAAAGAGCUGUGAGUCAAGUGACAUUACCCUACAAUAGUGAACUUGACAGGUCCGGUAGUGUCUGAACAGAAAGCUACACUGCCCUACGAACAGUAAAUGUGACAUAGGAACAGGGUUAAGUUAUUGGCAUAACAUCCCCUCCUCUCUCUGUUGUUGCUAGGUGACCAGAAAGUUUGGCGUUCCCGCCCUCAAGCAGGCGAUGGAGUGGUUUGGUUACCACGGCGGCGCCUGUCGCUCUCCUCUUCAACCGCUCUCAGAGGCCGAAUCACAGCAGCUCAGACUGGACUUCUCCACCAAUGGCUGGCUCUGA